AUGACUGCUGCUACCUUCGAACGUACUAUCGCGCUGAGUGCAAUCGGCCAGGACGAAUUCGAGUCGGUGCAUUCACCCCUCUGGACAUGGCCGAACUCCACUGUCGUCCCAGGAGGAACACUCGUGGCUUUAGCUGCUGCUGCUGCGUAUGAGACAGUCGGCUCGGACUUUGCCAUUGACACCCUCCACACUUACUUCGUUGCUGGACCAAAGCACGAUCAGCUGCUGCGAUUCCAGGUACAACGGCUGAACGACGGCGGUAGAUUUCUGACACGAGUAGUGACCAUCAAGCAAGCAGGCAAGGUUGUGGUUCAUGUGAGCUGCAGUUUCGUCCGCAUUGCCGCAAUGGCUGGGCCCAGCAUGACACAUGCCGUACGCCGACGAUGCAGCAGUAAGGUCGAUAAGAUCAACAUAGAUGAUCUCGAGGUGGGAAAGAAUAGCCAAGGGCCUGUGAUGAAGUUCCAGCGGCUGUCUGUGACACCAACUCAUGCAUCCGAAGGCAUUCAUUCUUCUACUCCAGACUCCUUGACGUACACAUCCGUGGCCACCGUCUCGCCGUCACUCCAAUCCCAGGAUCCGAGGAUUCAUGCUCUCGGCAUCAUCGCCCUGUCUGACUACCACGUCCUCGACGCCCCGCCUACUCUUCACAGCAUUCCUUUCGGCCUGCCGGCCAUUGAUGACCACUCGCGCAGCCCGCAGCCAACUCACUUUGGCCUGUUCACCAGCCUCAACCAUACGAUCAGGUUCCACCUACACGAAGGCUUCCCUGCGGACGAGCUAUGCUACAUUGAAGUGAACAGUCCUUGGACGGCGAAGCGGAGAGCGGAGGUGCAGAGUCGAAUCUUCAGCACCGAUGGGCGACUUGUAGCGAGCUGUGUACAAGGGGCUUACUAUGUUCUGAAAGGGGAUGAGGAGAGGAGCAAGUUGUGA